UCACUCCCAGACUUUACUCGGCUGAAGUCCUGGCUCUGGCUCCCUCCUACCUUAGCAGACUAUUCCCAAGUCCUUUUAGCUAGGGCAACUCUCCUGGUCUUAGGGGCUUUCCUGCAAGAGCCUUACCUCAGUCAUUGCCACAGCCUCCAGGAUUCCCCUCACUGCGGCUUCAUGUUGCGCUUUAUAGGGGAAUCAGCUGCCCUCCAUCAGGCCCGUUAAUGACACAAGUGGGCUGGAGCAGUCCCUUCAGUAAUCAGGGUUGGUUGGGCCCAGCCUCAGUCCCUUAAAAGGGGCAAGCCACCCUGUAUUAGUCACCCUUAAGUUACUGAUAAUAUCUCAACUAAAUGUCGAGCUUCUAAAUAGUUCAUGUUUUUAUAAAUAUCUCCUUUUCCCCUAAAUUACUGAUAUGUCCUUUUAAUCUUAACUCAAUUUUACCUUAGCUUUAUGCCUGGGAAUUAGGACAAAUUCCUAAUUCAGAGGAUUACUAUGGAUAAAUUUAUACAGCAUCUAUUUAUCUUAAACAUUUGCAAUGCAUUUAUUAUAUCAUACUAAGAAAGUGAUACUCUUGCAUGCAACAUUAGACCUACUAGCUAAAUAGUAAAUGGACAAUGUGCCAAUGUAUACGGUGUGAUACUAUCUUCUUUUCUGAUUCCUGUCUGUCAGCUCAACAGUGAUGAUGGGGCUGAAUUAAAUAUUUCCACCACUUUCUGUUUUGUCCUAGCUUCAUGGCUUUGUUCAUCUUUAAAUUUUUUUUGUUCUCUGUUAUUCUUUACGGUGUCUAUCCAAUGCAUCCUUGGUCUUCUACUUCCAGUUCCUUCCAUGCUGGCAUGUAUUGCCAUGUAUGGAACCUUUUCUGGGUCCAUUCUUGACAGGUGUCCAAACCAUUGCAGUCAUCUUUCUUGAAUCUUCUGUAACAGUGUUAUUUCUUAUCCUAGCAAGGGUAGUUAGUAGUGAUUGCUAGUGAAAGGGCACAUCUGGCCCCGCAAGUGCACAAAGUCUUGUACAGCAAAGAUUGCAAAUAACUUCCAAGCUAAGUAUAACAUUGGGAGAAACAGAAUUGUAGCAAGCUAGUGGAUAACUUAGAGAGAUGUUGCAGAAUGAUUAUGAUACACUGGUGAACCACAAAACCAAGGAGUUGUGGUCUAACACUUGGCAAAUAUUGGACCACAGAAACCAAAUACAUUACUGUCUGACCAACAAAUAUAUCUCAUUUUCUUCAUGUACCAGUGCAUGUUUAUUAAACUCCAUUUGUUCAGAACACAUCAUGUUUUCUAGAUUAUCUGCUUAUUCUCUUAGGGCCUGGAUUCUUAUUUACAAUAAAAGAUACUUUACAUCUUUUUGGGAGUAAAUUAUAUUUAGGGUGUUCUGGAACUUUGUUUUAUUCUUCAGCUGAAGAUGACACCUCUAGGGACAUAAUGCGCUUUACCAUCCAACUGUGACAUUGGUUCAGAACUGCUUUAGAUGAAAGCUAAAGGGGCUAACCUUCAGGGAGGCUAACCCACCAGCCCUCUCCCUUCUGACCACAGCACCCCCCCACACACACAGUGGGAACCCCGAGGCCUCAUUCCCCCAGUGGCCAGAGGAGCCCUGCCCCAGCCACCCCGAGCCAUUGGCCUGGCCGAGUCACAGGCUAGCCCCAGUGCUGGACCAAGCCUCUGGCCUGAGCACCGGCUGCUGGCAGGCCUGAGCUCCAGGCUGCUGGCUGGAGCUGAGCCCCUGCCUGCUUCAGGGGAGAGGGGCAGGGCCUCAGGGUAGAACAUGGGUAGAGCCACAGCCUGGGGUAGGGGCAGCUUAGCCUGCCCUGCCCUUUGAUACCCGCCACCCCUGCAUACCCUUUACUGAUCACCAAACCCACAUCCUGUAGAAUGGAGUUGUUCUAGCUGUUGCAGUGAACACUUGGAGAAGUUUAGCUCCAAUUACUCCAGCAGUGAAGGGAUUGUUUUGUCCAUCACUACCUACAAUCCCUAGAGGAUGUAGCAAGAUGUCCCAAUGCAGCCCAGCCCAUACAAAGGGUGAUGUGGUCACAACUCUUUGAUGGACAAUCCCCCUCAUUAUAGCUGUCCCCUACACAAUAGGCUAGGUGGGGAAGGUCUCCCACACAAUAAAAAGAUGAAGGAGAAGGGAACACUGAUUUGGAAGUAACAUCCCCCCCCCACCCUCAUAGCAUACAAAACUUAAUAAAUGUUUUCAUAUUCACAGAUGCCAUAGAUGGGGGACAGGUCAGUGCAGGCACCCUAAUGCCCUUAUGAUGACCAGGAUCGGGGAGCAAACCCUGAGCUGCACAUUUCCAAGAAUUGUCCUUCUCAUUUUUUUCCUUGUGCUCUCCGAUUGGGGUCUGCACAAAAAACGACUAGCUUCCUGCAGCCCAAAAAAAACCCGCCAAAGCAAGGCACAUUGCUUAUGGGCAUGCUGCAGGGAAGUUGUUGUAGUGCAUGCGAUGGCAACUGGAGUUCAGCUGGAAGGCAGGUGAGGCCGCGGUUGCUCGCACAGCUCCAUGCUCUGAGGGAGCUGCACCUGGCUUCUGGAGACUAGGAGCCCGCACGUGCACAGCCAAUGUCAGCAGCACACGGGGCGUGCCAGCAGCCCGGCUCUCUCUGAUCUCUGUAUUUGUGUCCCGGGGCCAGCAGAGAGCUCUGCACCCCCACAAGCCGCAGAAGAGUCAUCCAGCGCCACCGGCUGCUCUCUCACAGGCUCAUUAUAUCUUUUGCACCCGCUCCGGCCACGCCUGCACCCUGCAGGUUGCAGCGGCACUGAAUGCAAAGGGAGGAAACUCCGCCCCGGGCACUGGUUGCAGCCUUCUCUCCCCCGAGGCAGCUUUAGAGACCCGUGGUCUCCAUAGAGAUAGUAACACCCUGCACCUUUCAAUCGCUCUCCGGGAACAAUACAAGGGUGGGGGGAGGCAGAGAGAAGCAGCAGCAGCAGGAAAUCGCUGCGAGUUGAUCUCUGGGCCACUUCCCCAGGGUUUUCAACGCACAUGUUGCGGCUGCCGGACGCAAGCAAACGCCGCGGCACCAGCCAGGCGAGCCUGCCGGGUGUCACUCCGCGGCCCCCCACCAGAUCGAUGGCCUUUUGUUAACGCCAACUAAGUUUCUCGGAGCCGCUCCGCAGGACGGACACCCGCUGCCCGUGCGGAGCAGCCCCGGCGGCAAGAGCCAGGGGCAGUAGCUGGAAAGGGGAAGCCCCGCGCCGGCGUGGGAGCGGGCUGAAGGGGAUGCGUUCGCAGGGGAUCGUGCCUCUUGGAGAGCGAGGCGAGCGCUGAUCCCCGAGUCGCCGCGGCCACCGCGAGGGUUUACACCGGCCCCUGCUCGAUUCACUUUCUGGAGGCGGGUCCCGCGGGCGGGGAGCGGGUCCCCGGGAGCUGCGGGCGGGGAGCGGCGGCCAGGCAGCAGGAGUGCGAUUGUUUUUGAAGCGGCAGGUUUAUGCUAAUCGCCCUGCCGGGAGCAGCAGGGGGAGGAGGAGAGGAGCCAUUUUGAACUCACUUUAAACUUUACGGUGGAAAAGUUGGAAUUCUCCCGCCGGGUCCCGAGCGAUGUUCCCCGCCGCGGGGCUCUGAGGGAGCGGCCCCGCCUGGCAGAGGAGGACGAGGCCAGGGUCCCCCGGCCCCGCUGCUCAUGGCUGAGGGCGGAUGAGCCGCCCAGGGGGGUGGAUGGAUUUUGCAGGAGCCCUUUGGCUGGGAUCGCUGCUGCCGCCUAAGACUCGGAGAUGCUGCCGGUGCCCGCCGCCGCCUGGCUCUGGUGGCUGGCUCUGCUCUGCCGGCUGGUGCCCGCCGGGGGCUGGGAGCUGCACCUCUCCUGCGGCGCCGGGCGCGCCGGGGACCUGCUGCUGGAUGUCUCCCUGGGGCCAGGCUGGCUGUACAGCGUGGACGAGGCGCUGACGGCCCGCCGCGUGCGGGAGGCGGUGGAGGUGACGGCCGCGGGGCAGCUGAGGCGGAGCGGGGCGGCCGGCGGGGGCUGCCCGGCGAGCCCCCCGGGCUGCGCGCGGCUGGAGCGCAACCCGCUGCCUCUGCACGUGCGCAUCGCCGCCCGGCGCUCCGGGGCGCUGCUCGCGCUCCGCCUGGCCGUCUAUGUGCGCAGCCCGGGCUGCCCCCGCCGCUACCGCGGGGCCCAGGCGCGGCCCCGGCUCGCCGCCCGGCUCUCCCCUGGGCAGCUCCCAGCCCCGCUCUGCUUCCCCGCAGGCAGCCGGCACCCGGCCCCAGGGCCCGCCGGGGACCUGCGCUCUGCCCUCAUGGCCCUGACCAGCUUCCCUGCCUGCAGGUGCCCGGAUCACCGCCCCCGGGGCCGCGGCGAGCAGGAGGCAGGGGGGAGGGCUCGCUGCUGCCUGCAGCCCGCCGGGGAGUCCCCUCUGCAGCUGGUCUGUGCCUUGAGGAGGACAGGGGGGGAGAUCCUCCUGCUGCUGGGGCAGGAGCGCGCCCCGUCCGCCGGGGCAGGGGCUGGGGGGGAGGAGGGGCCUGGGGGGGAACGGGAGCCCGUGGGUGCGAGGGGAGAGGAGAGAGGGGCGCUGGGUGCAGGGCAGGGGGAAGCGCCCCGCCUGGUGCUGGGGCCCCGGGGAUUGCGGACGGAGGAGCGGGGCGGCGGGGAUCCGUCUCUCCCGGGGGCUCGGAGGAGGAGAAGUGCCAACAGCCCUCCGCAGUUCCAGCUGCCCAGCUACCAGGUCUCCAUCCCCGAGAACGAGCCUGCGGGUACCCGGGUGAUCGCCCUGCGGGCCCACGACCCGGACGAGGGGGAGGCCGGCCGGCUGGUGUACUCCAUGGAGGCGCUCUUCGACGAGCGCUCCAAUGACUAUUUCUCCAUCGACCCGGAGACGGGCAGCGUGCUUACCACCCGCAGCCUGGACCGGGAGACCAAGGACACCCACGUGCUGAAGGUGACUGCAACCGACCAGGGCUCCCCCCGCCGCCGCUCAGCCACCACCUACUUGACUGUGACUGUGAGUGACACCAAUGACCACGGGCCGGUGUUCGAGCAGCCCGUGUACCGGGAGACCAUCCGGGAGAACAUGGAAGUGGGUUACGAGGUGCUGACGAUCCGUGCCACGGAUGGGGACGCUCCGGCCAACGCCAACAUGCUUUACCGCCUGCUGGAGCCAGGUGCCCGGGAUGGCGUCUUUGAGAUCGACCCACGCUCUGGAGUAGUGAGGACCCGUGCCCCUGUGGAUCGUGAGGAGGUCUCUGAGUAUCACCUGGUGGUAGAAGCCAAUGACCAAGGAAAGGAACCAGGUCCCCGUAGUGCCACAGCUACAGUGCACAUCACUGUGGAGGAUGAGAAUGACAACUACCCACAAUUCAGUGAGAAGCGCUACUUGGUACAGGUGCCAGAGGAUGCCCCGGUGAACAGCCAAGUGCUGCAGGUGCAAGCAACUGACCGGGACCAGGGUAACAAUGCCCAGGUGCACUACAGCAUUGUGAGUGGCAACCUCAAAGGCCAGUUCUAUAUCCACUCUUUCUCUGGUGCCAUCGACCUGAUCAAUCCUCUGGACUAUGAGACCAUCCGUGAGUACACACUGAGAAUCAAAGCCCAAGAUGGGGGGAGGCCCCCUCUGAUUAACUCUAGUGGAAUGGUAUCGGUGCAAGUGGUGGAUGUGAAUGACAAUGCCCCUAUCUUUGUCAGCACCCCCUUCCAGGCCACAGUGCUGGAGAACGUGCCGUUGGGCUACUCGGUGCUGCACAUUCAGGCAGUGGAUGCUGAUUCUGGAGACAAUGCCCGUCUGGAGUACAAACUUAUAGACUUGUCCCCAUCUCCUGGCGUGGUGUCCCCAGGUGGGGACACUGGGUUCCCAUUCCAGAUCAAUAACAGCACUGGAUGGAUUACAGUGUCAGCUGAGCUGGACCGAGAGACUGUGGAGAACUAUCACUUUGGGGUAGAGGCUAGGGACCAUGGAGUGCCUGUCAUGACUUCCUCAGCCAGUGUAGCCAUCACGGUCCUGGAUGUCAAUGAUAACAACCCGACUUUCACAGAGAAGGUCUAUCAGCUCAGGCUGAACGAGGAUGCGGCAGUGGGCAGCAGUGUCCUGACCCUGAUAGCAGUAGACAGGGACAUUAACAGUGUAGUAACCUACCAGAUCACCAGUGGCAACACUAGGAACCGCUUUGCCAUCACCAGCCAGAGUGGGGGUGGACUGAUCACCCUGGCCUUGCCCCUGGAUUACAAGCAGGAGCGGCAGUACGUGCUGACAGUUACUGCGUCAGAUGGUACGCUCUUUGACACUGUCCAGGUCUUCAUCAAUGUCACCGAUGCCAACACACACCGCCCGGUCUUCCAGAGCUCCCAUUACACAGUGAGCGUCAGUGAGGACAAGCCCAUUGGCACCUCUAUUGUGACCAUCAGCGCCACCGAUGAAGACACAGGGGAAAAUGCCAGGAUCACAUACAUUUUGGAAGAUAACAUUCCUCAAUUCCGCAUUGACCCGGACAUGGGCACUAUCACUACCCUGAUGGAGCUAGACUACGAGGACCAAGCCUCUUACACUUUGGCCAUUACAGCUCGUGACAAUGGGAUCCCUCAGAAAUCUGACACCACCUACGUGGAGAUCCUUAUCCUGGAUGCCAAUGACAAUGCCCCCCACUUCCUGCGUGACCGUUACCAGGGCUCCGUCUUUGAAGAUGUGCCACUCUCCACCAGUGUCCUUCAGCUGUCUGCCAACGACCGUGACUCAGGCCUCAAUGGCCGCCUCCUUUACACCUUCCAGGGUGGUGAUGAUGGCGAUGGAGACUUUUACAUUGAGCCCACUUCUGGAGUGAUACGCACGCUGCGCAAGCUAGAUCGUGAGAAUGUGGCUGUCUACAGCCUGCGGGCCUUUGCCAUGGACAGAGGCAGUCCACCUCUCAAAGCCUCUGUGGAUAUCCAGGUCACCGUGCUGGACAUCAAUGACAACCCGCCUGUCUUUGAACAGGAUGAGUUUGACAUCUUUGUGGAGGAGAACAGCCCAGUGGGCUCCAUCGUGGCACGGAUCAGUGCGGCCGAUCCAGACGAAGGGACAAAUGCACAAAUCAUGUACCAGAUUGUGGAGGGUAACAUCCCUGAGGUCUUCCAGCUUGACCUGCUCAACGGUGAUCUCACAGCCCUGAUGGAUCUGGAUUAUGAGAGCCGGACAGAGUAUGUGAUUGUGGUGCAGGCCACCUCAGCCCCUCUUGUGAGUCGAGCCACCGUGCACAUUCGCCUGUUGGAUCAGAAUGACAACCCACCUGUGCUGCAGGACUUCCAGAUCCUCUUCAACAACUAUGUGACCAACAAGUCUAACAGCUUCCCCUCUGGGGUGAUUGGCAAGAUCCCAGCCUAUGACCCUGAUGUGUCCGACAGCCUGGCCUACACUUUUGUUCAGGGCAACGAGUUGAACCUGCUACUCUUGGACUCUGCCACUGGGGAACUCAAACUCAGUCGAGAUCUGGACAAUAACAGACCCCUGGAGGCGCUUAUGAAAGUGUCAGUCUCAGAUGGUGUUCACAGUGUCACAGCAGUCUGCACCCUGAGGGUGACUAUUAUCACCGAUGACAUGCUGACCAACAGUAUCACCGUGCGGCUGGAAAACAUGUCCCAGGAGAAGUUCCUCUCCCCGUUGCUCUCUCUUUUUGUGGAAGGUGUGGCGAUGGUGCUGUCUACUACCAAGGAUGGCAUCUUCGUCUUCAACAUUCAAAACGAUACAGACGUCAGCUCCAAUAUCCUGAAUGUGACAUUCUCCGCUUUACUUCCUGGUGGCAUUAGAAAUAAGUUCUUCCCCUCCGAGGACCUCCAGGAACAGAUCUACCUCAACAGGACACUACUGACUAUGAUCUCUAUGCAGCGGGUCCUGCCUUUCGAUGACAAUAUCUGUUUGCGAGAGCCUUGUGAGAACUAUAUGAAGUGUGUCUCGGUGUUGAAGUUUGACAGCUCUGCUCCAUUUAUUAGCUCAAACACCGUUUUGUUCCGACCCAUCCAUCCCAUCAAUGGUCUGAGGUGCCGGUGUCCCCCUGGGUUUACAGGCGACUAUUGUGAAACAGAGAUUGAUCUGUGCUACUCCAAUCCUUGUGGCAAUAAUGGGCUUUGUCGGAGCCGAGAAGGAGGCUACACUUGUGAAUGUUACGAGGACUACACUGGCGAAUAUUGCGAAGUGAAUGCCCGCUCUGGCCGCUGCAUGCCGGGAGUCUGUAAAAAUGGAGGAACCUGUGUUAAUCUACUAGUAGGAGGAUUCAAAUGCGAGUGUCCCCCAGGAGAGUACGAGAGACCUUAUUGUGAGAUGACAACAAGAAGCUUCCCUCCACAGUCGUUUGUCACCUUCAAAGGGUUAAGGCAGCGCUUCCAUUUCACUGUUUCCCUCAUGUUUGCAACCAGAGAAAAGAAUGCUCUACUCCUCUACAAUGGACGUUUUAAUGAGAAGCAUGACUUUAUUGCUCUUGAGAUCAUUGAAGAACAGAUCCAACUAACAUUCUCUGCAGGGGAGACCACUACAACAGUUGCACCAUUUGUUCCAGGAGGGGUCAGUGAUGGACAAUGGCACUCUGUUCAGGUGCAAUACUACAACAAGCCCCACAUUGGACGAUUAGGAAUUCCUCAUGGACCUUCAGGAGAGAAAGUGGGGGUAGUAACAGUGGAUGACUGUGACACUGCAGUGGCUGUGCGCUUCGGAAGUCUCAUUGGGAACUACACAUGUGCUGCCCAAGGAACUCAAAGUGGCUCAAAAAAAUCUUUGGAUCUGACUGGACCUCUCCUGCUUGGGGGUGUCCCAAACUUGCCUGAAGACUUCCCUGUGCACAACAGAGAGUUUAUUGGCUGUAUGAAGAACCUCUCCAUUGACAACAAGCCAAUCGACAUGGCUAGUUUUAUAGCCAAUAAUGGCACUCUUGCAGGUUGUGCAGCUCAGAAGAACUACUGUGAUACUAACUGGUGUCAAAAUGGAGGCACAUGCGUGAAUAAAUGGAACACCUACAUGUGUGAGUGCCCCCUGCGGUAUGGUGGGAAAAACUGUGAGCAAGUAAUGCCUUCUCCCCAGCGUUUCAGUGGUGAGAGCAUUAUUGUCUGGAGUGACCUUGAUAUUACUAUCUCUGUACCAUGGUACAUUGGACUCAUGUUCAGGACCUGGAAAGUUAAUGGAAUGUUAAUGCAAGCUAAUGCAGGAACUUCAUCCAAGAUCAACAUUCAGAUCUUGAACAACUAUGUGCAAUUUGAAGUUUACAACGGCCUGAACCAGGUUGCUAGUUUGAAGAUGACCCAGUCACGAGUCAGUGAUGGUGAAUGGCAUCAUUUGUUAAUAGAGUUAAAGAGUGCUAAAGAUGGCAAAGACAUCAAGUACCUGGCUGUUAUGUCCUUGGAUUAUGGGAUGUAUCAGAGCACUGUGCAGAUUGGAAAUCAGCUUCCUGGACUCAAAAUGAAAAGCAUCAUUGUGGGAGGUAUCUCUGGAGAUCAAGUCUCAGUGCAGCAGGGUUUUUAUGGCUGUAUGCAGGGAGUAAGAAUGGGGGAGACUUCUACGAAUGUAGCUAUGAGCAUGAAACAGGCAAUCAAGAUCAAUAUAAAGGAAGGCUGCGAAGUAAACAACCCUUGUGAUUCCAGUCCAUGUCCCCAACACAGCUACUGCACUGAUGACUGGGACAGCUACUCCUGUGUCUGUGACCCAGGGUACUUUGGGAGAGACUGUGUUGAUGUAUGUAACCUGAACCCAUGUGAGCAUGUCUCCACCUGUGUCCGUAAACCUAGCUCAUCCCAUGGGUACACCUGUGAAUGUGGACAAAGCUAUUAUGGGCAAUACUGUGAGAGCAAGUAAGAGAUUGCUUGUCCCAGAGGCUGGUGGGGAAAUCCCAUUUGUGGUCCAUGUAAUUGCGAGAUCAGUAAAGGAUUUGAUCCUGACUGUAAUAAGACUAAUGGAGAGUGUCAGUGUAAGUCGCCUUACUGGACCCCCUGGAGACACUUGGGUGAACAGUUUUACAAGAUACCAGUUAGAAAGAAACCCCAAGAUCUACCUGAACUGCAUCACUCACAGGCACCAACUGACUAUCUUCUCGUCCCGUAUGCCCCUAAGGUACUGGGAGAGGCACAAGAGGAGCAAGAACUACAGAUUGAGAGAAGCUCACCCCCAUCUGCCAAUUCGUCCUCCUCCCUGGAUGAAGUGGUAAUGCCACCACUACCCUCGUAUGCUGAUGACUUUACGACCUUCCAGGGUCUAGUGAAAUACAACUACUACAGGCCACAAAGCAGUGACACCUGUUAUCCAUGUGACUGCUUCCCUUCUGGUUCUCAUACUCGAUCCUGUGACAGGGAGACAGGACAGUGUCCUUGUAAACCUGGGGUGAUUGGGCGACAGUGUAACCGUUGCGACAAUCCUUUUGCUGAGGUUACCAUUCAGGGCUGCGAAGUGAUUUACAAUGGGUGUCCCAAAGCAUUUGAAGCUGGCAUUUGGUGGCCACAGACCAAGUUUGGACAGCCAGCUGCUGUGCCAUGUCCCAAGGGAUCAGUGGGGAAUGCUGUUCGGCACUGUAAUAGUGAGAAAGGCUGGCUCCCUCCUGAGCUUUUUAACUGUACCACCGUUAGCUUUGUGGAUCUUAAAAUCAUGAAUGAAAAACUACAUCUCAACGAGACCAAACUGGAUGGAGAUAAGUCCAUACAGAUUGCUAAAGUGCUGCAAAAUGCCACCAAGUACACCAACUCCUUGUAUGGCAAUGAUGUGAGGACAGCAUACCUGCUGAUGAUCAGGGUCCUGCAGUAUGAGAGCCAGCAGCAAGGGUUUGACCUAGCUGCGACAAGAGAUGCGGAAUUCAAUGAAAACAUCAUUAAAGUGGGUAGUGCCCUUCUGAACCCCAGCACCAAGGAGCACUGGGAGCAGAUCCAGCGAACAGAGGGUGGCACAUCCCACCUACUGAAACAUUAUGAGGAAUAUUUCAACACAGUGGCCCAGAACAUGAAGAAAACUUACCUGAAACCUUUUGUCAUUAUUGCCACAAAUAUGAUUAUUGCUGUUGACAUCUUUGACAAGUCUAAUUUUACGGGCGCUAAAGUACCACGGUUUGACAAGAUUAAAGAAGAUUAUCCUAAAGAUUUGGAGUCAUCUGUUUUGUUCCCUGAUACUUUGUUCAAACCUUCAGAUAGAAAAGUGGCACCUACAAUGAAGCCAUCAAACCAAAAAAUGUCCUCUAAGCCAGAUAAUGGUAUUUUAAACCCUGAGAAUGCAUUUACAAAGAGAAAAAAGCGACACCCAGAUGAGUCUAACCAGUAUGCUGUGGCUAUGGUGAUUAUAUAUCGAUCUCUAGGACAACUUUUACCUGAGCACUACGAUCCUGACAGAAGAAGCUUAAGGUUACCUAAUCGACCCAUCAUUAACACACCCAUAGUGAGCACCACCAUUCAUAGUGAUGGGGAACCUGUACCAAACCUCCUGGAAAACCCCAUUAUACUUGAAUAUUCCAUGCUGGAAACAGAGGAGCGAACUAAGCCAGUCUGUGUGUUCUGGAACCACUCAAUCAUAGUUGGUGGGUCUGGAGGCUGGUCCUCCAAAGGGUGUGAGCUUUUUUCCAGAAACCAGAGCCAUGUUUCUUGCCAGUGCAAUCACAUGACCAGCUUUGCAGUCCUAAUGGACAUUUCAAAACGAGAGAAUGGCGAGGUGCUUCCUCUGAAGAUAGUCACUUACACGACUGUAUCCAUCUCACUGGUGGCUUUGCUGAUGACCUUCAUACUGCUAGUUCUGAUCCGAACACUGCGUUCAAACCUACACAAUAUUCACAAAAACCUGGUGGCUGCCCUUUUCUUCUCAGAAUUGGUCUUUCUUAUUGGAAUCAAUCAGACAGAAAACCCGUUCGUGUGCACUGUGAUAGCCAUCCUCCUGCACUACUUCUACAUGAGCACCUUUGCCUGGAUGUUUGUGGAACAGCUCCACAUCUACCGCAUGCUGACUGAAGUGAGGAACAUCAAUUUUGGACAUAUGAGGUUCUACUAUGUCGUUGGUUGGGGGAUUCCUGCUAUUAUAACAGGUCUUGCUGUGGGUCUGGACCCACAGGGCUAUGGGAACCCUGACUUCUGCUGGCUUUCUGUUCAUGAUACCCUUAUCUGGAGUUUUGCAGGCCCUGUUGUGAUCGUUGUGGUCAUCAACACAGUCAUCUUUAUACUAGCAGUGAAAGCAUCAUGCAAACGAAGACAACGCUCAUUUGAAAAAACUGGAGUCAUCUCCGUGCUGCGAACUGCUUUCCUCCUCCUGCUGCUGAUCAGUGCCACAUGGUUACUGGGGUUGAUGGCAGUGAACAGUGAUGUCAUGACAUUCCAUUAUCUCUUUGCCAUCUUCAGCUGCUUACAAGGGCUCUUCAUUUUCUUCUUCCACUGCGUUUUUAAUAAAGAAGUCAGGAAGCAUUUGAAGAAUACUUUAACUGGAAAGAAACCCCUUCCAGAUGACUCUACUACAACAAGAGCUACAUUACUAACUCGAUCUCUGAACUGUAACAACACAUAUAUAGAGGAGCCAAAUAUGUAUCGCACAAAUAUUGGUGAAUCCACAGUCUCCCUAGAAAGCACCAUCAGGUCAGCCAAGAGCCACAAUAGCUACCUUGCUUACAUUCUCAGGGAUGAGGCUGCUCAGAAGCUCAGUGGGUCCUCAAGCCAAGCAAGGGCUGGUCAGACAGAAGCAGAUUCCUCCAUUUUUCAUAGGAAUCCAUCAAAAUCCAAUGAACAUGAUUCUGAUUCUGACAGCGAGUUGUCUCUUGAUGAACAUAGCAGCUCUUACGCUUCCUCCCAUUCAUCAGAGAGUGAGGAAGAUGGGAUUGAAACAGAGAAAAAAUGGAACACAGCCACUUCCAAAAACAAUGAGCGCGGCCCAAUCCACAGCACUCCUAAAGUUGAUUCUAUAUCCAAUCAUGUGAAACCCUAUUGGCCCACAGAGUGCAUAACAACAAGCGAUGGGGAGGAUCCAGGUGGGAAGCAGAAACUGAAAGUGGAGACAAAGGUCAAUGUAGAGCUUCAUAGGGAAAAUCAAGUGAACCACAGCAAUGAAGCACCUCGAGAAAAUGAGAAUGAAGGGCAACAGAAAGAGAACAAACCCAUACAACAGCAGAAUAACCAGCACCCGGAACAGAGGAAAGGCAUCUUGAAAAAUAAAGUCACCUACCCUCCCCCUCUGAUGGAUAAGAAUAUGAAGAAUCGACUACGGGAAAAGUUAUCGGAUUAUAAUCAAACCACUAUCUCAUCCAGGACUGCUUCCUUAGGGACAAAUGAUGGGGUUCGUUCACCCUCUGACACUGGGGUGACCAUAAAAAAUCCACGGAGAGAACAGUCUCGAGAUCAACUCAAUGGAAUGGCCAUGAACGUUCAUGUGGGAACAGUGAAUGCUGAGACCUCAGAUUCUGAAGGCAGUAAUGAAACUUCAAUUUGAAUCAUCAGGAAAUAGUGAUGACUUUUCCACCUGGGGACUACUUGCUGUGAUGUCACUUCCUUGGUACCUUGGAUUUCACAGGCGAUGCUGCAUAUCGAGGAUGAGGAUGGUACUCCUUCCUGUGCUGUCACACAUUAUGGCAGACUUCUGACUGCUCAUACAUGAAAAAUAGUGCCCAAGACAUGCAUGAUAAGGCUACAUUGUGGUACAUUCAAUGGCUGUGUGAAUAUGUAACUGUGCCAAAAUGCAUGGAGAUGUAACAGAGACUCAUUACAAUGGAUGAAUGAUUAUAAGAAGUGUUGACAGAGUCACAGCAAUGCUGCAGGAACUGCUGAUAUGUGCAGCCCAUAAUUACUUACACAAGGAGAACAAAUUGUCUUUAAUCCAGUGGACCUACAAUAAGUCAAAUUAUCAGCCUUAAGAAAAGCACUAGAAGAUGCCUCUAGCUGAGGUCUUGUUCUCUUACAGUGUGAACUUUCAUUCAGCUUCGUGAACUCUAGAGAGAAGAAUAUCACACCAAGUGCCCUUCCUUAUCUAUGCCAGCAUCUUUACCAGCCUUUGAUGGACACAGUGUCUUAAAAAAUGUCCUUUAUAUAUAUAAAUAUAUAAAUAUAAAAAAAUGUAGAUAAUUUUAUAUAUUUUGUAUGGUGACUCUAAAGAAGGAAAAGUUCCUUUGUAUAUUUUACAUUUAUGCUGAUAUUCUUCAUUUGAUGCUAGGAAAUCAAUGGGAAGAGCUCUUGAUUAUUUUUUAUAUUAAAAAUUGCACAGUUGUACUUGAAUUUGGCAUUUGAUAAUGUACUCGUGUUUGCAUCAAAUCCACCUUAAAAUGCAGUGCAGUUUUUAAAAUACUACAGUGAAACGGUUGAGUCUAAAUUUAUAAAUAUAAUUUAUAGGUUUCUGUUUCCAGAUUAUGGAAUAUUUUAAGGAUGCAGUGUGUAUUUUUGAUAACCUCUACUAACAAACACCAAAAAAUUUUCCUUUGUUUUGAAGGUGUUUUGGCCUCUUCUCCCAUAUUUUUUUAUUUGGUGUUUACAUUAAAAAGAACAGAAAUCGAAUUUCCCAGCUAAAAGACAUCGUAUCUUCAGCUAGAUAAAGAUUUCAAAACAGUUCUUGGAGAGAAAUCAAUUCUGGUUUACAAUAUUGCCCUAUUAAAAUAAAGCUUGUGUAAUUUACAUGCUAGUCACUUUUUGACUUAGCUUUUCAUCACAUUUUUCCUACUAAGCAACAACCAGGAUCUUGUUCUGAGGACACACUUGUGCAGUUCCCCAUUACACAAAUCGUGUGUGAGGCUUUCUGCUUUGUUUUACUUUUUAUUUUUUACUCUAAGUCAGCAUUUUGCCAGUUGGAGCAGCAACAUGAGUCUUUAAGGAAAUCUGUGUUUCAUUUCUUAACUGUUUGGGAAAUUGCUGGCUAUCUUGUUGUUUUGCAAUACAAACACAAGUAUUAAACAAUUUCAUGUUUCAUGCGCACUAAACAUAUUUUCACAAGUGUAAGAAUCGUGUGUAGUGUCUGCCAAACUCAUCUUUUCACAGUGUUUUAAAAAAAAAAAAAAAGAUGUGAAAAAUAGUUGUCCACAAUAAGUAUGUAGGGAAAUGUUUCUGUUAGCAGUUCCUUUUGGCUUGAAUAUAUGACUCAAAAUGAGUCCUUAAAAUUCCACUUAUGAAAAUGAUACAUUUGUUAUCUACCUUUUCUUAGUGUUAUGUAUUUCACAGGAUAGUAAUUUUUCAUAGUUAUCAUUUUGAAAAGUUAAUAGCUGGUCCUUUGUAUGAAUGUGCAUGUGAGAAAGAAGAAACAGAAACAAUAUGUCAGGCUGGAUCAAAUGCAGGAAAUUAACCAAAAAAAAGCAUAUACUGUAGUAAUAUUGGUUUUAUUAUAUCCUUAUGCAUUUUUAAAUCUCCUUGAGGCCUUUGGAAAGGGGAAAGGAUACUGUCUCUUUAAAAAAAAUUAUUCAACAUACUGCGUGAAAUUUUCUGAUUGAAAAGUUUUUUAUGUUGAAGUGUCUAUCACACGUGACUGUGCUCACAUACCAUGUACAACCUGUGUUAAUCAUUUUGCAUCUGUGUAUGUAUAUUUUGCCCCAGUGAGAUGUAGUUAGUUUUUAUUUCAAUCAGAACUGUUUCAGUAAAUGUGUCAGUUGUAUUAAUGACAGAAAAAUUACAACCUAUUUUUAUGACUUGUUAAAACUUUAUGGCAGGUUAAACACUGGAGGUUUUUUAACAAAAUAUGUAUUUAUUAAUGUGCAGAACACUGGAAUUGCAGCACAGAUGAAAGGUGAAUAAAUUAAGAUUUUUAAUUUGUA